AUGCGGAGAGGCGGCCUCCCGGAAUCCUGGUUCCGGCGUGCACUUCUGGAGGACUUCAAGUACCAGCGUGCCCUGCGUCCUACUGUCCGCUUGCUCGCGUCCUGGGUGCCGCCUCUGAGUAGGGCGGGCGAGGAGGCAGCCGAGGCGGAGCUGAUGGCUGCGCUGAGGGCGGGGCGGGGUGCAGGCUGGAUCCUCCGGGCAUGGCGGGCUUUGGGGGGUUUUCGCUGGGGGAAGAGACCCCUGUUGACCCCUGACCUCCGGGCUCUGCUGACGUCAGGAACUUCUGACCCCCGGGCCCGAGUGACUUAUGGGACCCCCAGUCUCCGGGCCCGGUUGUCUGUUGGGGUCCCUGAACCCCGAGUACGUCUGACGUCUGGGACCCCGGGUCCCCGGGAACAACUGACUGAGGGGACCCCAGAUAUCAGGACCCAGGAGGCCUCUGGGAACUCUGGAAGCCGUUCGCGCGCGUGGCUGGCGGUGGCGCUGGGCGCCGGCGGGGCAGUGCUGUUGUUGUUGUGGGGCGGGGGUCGGGGUCCUCCGGCCGUCCUCGCCGAAGUCUCUGGCCCGCCUCCCACCUCUCCCCGGAGUCAGUACAACUUCAUUGCAGAUGUGGUGGAGAAGACAGCACCUGCCGUUGUCUAUAUCGAGAUCCUGGACCGGCACCCUUUCUCGGGCCGCGAAAUCCCUAUCUCAAACGGCUCAGGAUUCGUGGUGGCUGCCGAUGGGCUCAUUGUCACCAACGCCCAUGUGGUGGCUGAUCGGCGCAAAGUCCGUGUGAGACUGCUUAGCGGCGACACGUAUGAGGCCAUCGUCACAGCUGUGGAUCCUGUGGCAGACAUCGCAACUCUGAGGAUUCAGACUAAGGAUCCUCUCCCCACGUUGCCUCUUGGAUGCUCAUCUGAGGUCCGGCAAGGGGAGUUUGUUGUUGCCAUGGGAAGUCCGUUUGCACUGCAGAACACGAUCACAUCCGGCAUUGUUAGCUCUGCUCAGCGUCCAGCCAGAGACCUGGGACUCCCCCAAACCAAUGUGGAAUACAUUCAGACUGAUGCAGCUAUUGAUUUUGGAAACUCUGGAGGUCCCCUGGUUAACCUGGUGAGUGGGACAUCCUUCCUUCCAAGAAUCCCUGCCCCAGGUCAGUGUGGGAAGGGUGGUUUUUCCCUAAUUCAAAGAUGUUUGGUCAAGUUUCUGAGCAGUUCUUUAUUGGCUAUCUCUCAACAUCCAACCAGAUUUCCCCAACACUUGAUGCUACUUUUGUUCAGGUGCCCCCAUCCCCUACUAUCUGUUUGGGCUAGGGAACAGGGGGCUGUGUCCCUGCAGGAUGGAGAAGUGAUUGGAGUGAACACCAUGAAGGUCACAGCUGGAAUCUCCUUUGCUAUCCCUUCUGAUCGCCUUCGAGAAUUUCUGCGUCGUGGGGAACAGGAAAAUUCCUCGUGUGGAAUCAAUGGGUCCCGACACUGCUAUAUUGGGGUGAUGAUGCUGACCCUGACUCCCAGCAUCCUUGCUGAACUACAGCUUCGAGAUCCAAGGUUUCCCGAUGUUCGGUAUGGUGUACUCAUCCAUAAAGUCAUCCUGGGCUCCCCUGCACACCGGGCUGGCCUGCGGCCUGGUGAUGUGAUUUUGGCUAUUGGGGACAAGGUGGCACGUAGUGCUGAAGAUAUUUAUGAAGCUGUUAGAACCCAACCCAAGAUGGCAUUGCGGAUCCGGCGGGGACGAGAAACACUGACCUUAUAUGUGACCCCUGAGAUCACAGAAUGAACAGAUCAGCAAGAGUAUGAGGCUCCUACUCUGAUUUCUUCCUGCCUUCCUGGCUGAGGCUCUGAGGGUGCCGGGACAGAGGGUUAAAUGAACCAGUGGGGGCAGGUCCCUCUAACCACCAGCACUGAUUCCUGGGCUCUGAAGAAUCACAGAAACACUUUUUAUAUAAAAUAAAAUUAUACCUAGCAACA